GCCAAUCUAAUUGCCGGCGCCCCCUCUGCAGACGGGAUCCCCGGUUCCUCCCGGGCGGUAGUUGGGGCUGUUCCCCCUCCCCCGCCCCCGCCCCCGCCCCAAGCGCCAAGUCUGUUCAUUGUCAAGGCUGCGGGGGCCCGGUGACCGCUAAUGGUGUAUUAAAGUCAGGAGGGGCUGCCUGCCUGCCUGCCUUCUCCCAACAGCCCGCAAUGAAGUUGCUGUUUCUCGCCAGCCUGAGUCCCCGGACUGGCAACAUGACGACUGCUCGGAGGAUCUGCGACUACAUACAGGAGGGCGGCCACCUGUGUGCACUGAGAGACAUAGGUGAUUUUAAAUCGUCCUCUCAAGUUGCAGACUUAAUCUCAGAGGAUAAAUUUAAUGCAGUGCUGAUAAUUCAUCUUUACAAAGCAGGAAGAUUGAUAUUAGACAGCAGUGUGCCAUAUGGAGCUAUAUUUGGUGGAACCGACAUUAAUGAAGAUAUCAAAGAUGCAAAGAAGCAUGAAGUCAUGGGGACUAUUCUCCAGAAAGCUAGGUUUGUGGUGGCUUUCACAGAGCAGUUGAAGAAAACAGCAGAGCUUCAUUGGCCAUUAGCUGGAAAUAAGAUUCAUGUGCAGCCUCAAGGUGUGGUGACUAAGCCUUGUGCAAAAUUUAACUGGGGGGAGUUCCUUCAAAAUUCAGGGAUUCAGUUCACGAGUAGUGACCCAUACAUCUUCCUUUUGGUGUGUGGACUUCGUCGAGUCAAAGAUCCACUCUACUUGGUAGAUGCUUUCUCAGCUUGGCAUGAAAGGGAACCAUGUGUUUAUUUGAUUAUUAUUGGACCCGAGGCUGAUGCAGUGUUUGCACAACAAGUGAAGGCUAAGGUCAAGGGUGCUCACGGGGUCUAUCUAGUUUCAGAAAAACCCCAGAUUGAACUGCAUGCUGCCAUGAGGGAUUCCUUUGCUGUAGUAAACAGCUCCAUCUCUGAAGGGAUGUCUGCUACAAUUCUAGAGGCAAUGGACCUUAAAGUUCCAGUGCUGGCUAGGAAUAUACCUGGCAACAGAGCAAUAGUAAAACAUGAACACACAGGCCUUCUCUACGCUCAUCCACAGGAAUUUGUUGAAUUAUCAAAAAGACUGAUGAGUGACAGUGGUUUGAAGAGGAGCAUCAUGACUAAAGCCAAGGACUAUGUGGAAAAACAUCAUUCCAGGAACUCUGAGAAGAAGACUUAUCAAGAACUUGUCAGUGAACUGCUUUAAGUGGCACUGGUCAGAUUGAAAUUUGAGUGCAAUUCUUUAGAUGUGCUGCUUCAUUACAUCACAACUAGAGAAGGAGGUGUUUGUAAUUAAUGAAUAUUUAUAGAGGGAUGAGGAUAGUUUUUAAAGAAAUAUUUAUAAUUUUGCUGUAUAAUUGUUGAUCAAGUGAAAUACAUGAUAGUUUACUCCUGAUUUAUGACUUUAAUAUGGCUUGUGUGGCUGGUUGAUGCUAAACUUGUCCAUCCAGCUUACCACACAAAUUUUAUUUGUUUCUCUAAUCUCUGAGGUGUCAAGAUAUAAAUUUGGCAGUGAAAUAUUGUGUCGCACCAAUCAAAUAUGGUCAGCCAGUGGUGUAGUGGCAUCCACACCAGACUUCAAGAUGAGUGGCCCCAGGUUCGAAUCCCGCUAGUUCCUUGCAUGCUUUCCAUCCGUUCUAGGUUGAGUGCCGAGCUCGCCACUCGGCCUCAAAAAUACACACAAAAACGCAAAACUACGUUGAGGUUGCUGCCUGAUGUUCCACGACGUGCAGAAAGGAAUAACAACCAAUCAAAUAAGCCCUAAGUUGAGCUUCCUUGAGUCAGUCACAUUGUCCUGACCUUUGUACAGUUUAAUAAUUCAAACAACAGUGUUUAGAACUAGAAGUUAUCACAACUUGAUUUUUUUUUACAAAUGGUUUUUAAGUCAACAUCAAGGGUAAUCUAUGCAAGUUUAAUUUCCAAUACACUUUGGAAAAGGAGAAAAUGAUAUUUUUAAAUACAAUUGUUAAUCAUGUAAGGACAGUCUUAGCAUCAAGCAUGUGUCGCUGCACAGUGAUAGUGCAGUUUAGAAAUCCUGUAUCGCUACCAGUAGUCUCAGUAGUCAAUAAUCUCCUGAAGAUGAGUUAUACCCCUCAAAUUCGACAUAUUUUCAAUUAUAAAUCAGUUCCUGGAUUAAAGGAAAUAAUGUAGAAAUUGAAUUAAAACUAAGCUGCAAAUAACCAGUGGAGAGAAGAUGGGCCUGAAAAGGAUUUUAUCCAAAGUAAGACUAUAUCUCUUCACUUUGCAAUUACUAGAUAAACAAUGUAUUUCUAGCUAUAUAUUUUGGUCCAUAUUUUUGGCUUUGCAAUAGAUCAUGACCGAAUGAUUUUAUGUGGCAUCUGUAAAUCAGAGAUUUGUAUGUUUAUACUCACCUUUGACCCCAUUAUUUCAUUAUCUGAUCACAUUUUGUUUUGUUUGCACAGCUCCACAGUUACUAUAAAUUAGUGUGUGGGAAACGUAUUAUUCAGUCAGUAUUCCUGCAGUAAGAGGAAGGCUGUUUCUGAACAGGUCUUUUGAAGAAUUGCUGCAAGCCCUAAAACAUGUCACAGACAACAUUUAUCCGAUGAGAUUCAACUCCCUUACUGCCGUUUUCAAACCCUGUAACUGCAGGUUUGCCCUGCGUGUGCUCCCAAAUAAGUCAGUGCUAAGGAAAUAAUGUAAUCCAUAUUUAAGAGUUGAAAAGCACAUUAUUUAAUUGCAGCUUAGAUUUGACUGCAAAUACCUGAUGUCUCUGUUUGGUGCAGGUCUGCAAACUAGAUUAGAAACGCUGGAAGUCUUAAGAGUCUGUGAUGGAGAUUACUUUCAUAUAAACUAUGGGUGACUGGUGUUGGUUUGAGCCAUUGUGAUGGGAAUUAAAUCAAGUCAGAUGAGCUGGUGACCAUUAUGUUUGUACCAUGGAUACUAACGAGGUGCACUUCUAUACUCUUGUAAAAUAACAUGCAAGUGAGAUCCUCUGAUAAAAGGUGUACCUUAUGUUCUAGAUGAGGCCGUUCACAUUCAGAAAAUUUAUUGCAUCACUGUAAAUAAUAUGUGGAUUGGAAAAGGUAAAAAUAUGGUACAUUCAUCUGGAUUAUCUUCAUGUAUUUGCACUUGAUUUUCAAAUUUGAACCAAAUUAAAUGCUUUAUUUUUAUACCGGGAAUUGUGGUUUAAAUCGUGCCUUUCUCUUUGCUUUAUAAUAAAAACUGGGAAUAUUAUUCAGUAAAGUGUUCUUGAAUUCAAUUGUUCCCCAACUGUUUUUGUCACUAUUAAAAUUUGAUAAUGACUGGGUUCUUUUAAUGAGCAAGAACCAUGUUGUAAAAUAGCCCUUUUUCAAUGCUGUGUCAUGCUCCUCUUCUGUGAUCAUUCAAUUAUUAAAUGCAGGUCAGAUGCAGACAGUGCAAUUAAUGGUCUCCUGUUAGGGGAAGUUGCGUUGUAUUCCCAAAAUUCCAUCAAAAUGAUGCAUUUCUUUUGCAGUUUUUUAGUAACAGAUAAUGACCCAAAAUUUCCAGUAAUAAUUCACUGAUAUGCACCGUAAAUCAUGCCAUUCUAUAAGUCAAACUUGGCAUUGAAACAUAUUCACAUUUCCUUUUUCUGGAAAUGUGGAUAUCCUGUAAUGACUAAUACAGCAAGACUCAACUUGCAAGUUAACCUUUAGGGAAUCCUGCACAAGGACUCCAUAGUCUCUUUGCGCUUCUGAUUUCUGAAUUUUCUCCUUGUUUAGAAAAUAGUCUAUAUCUUUAUUCCUUCUACCUAAGUGCAUGACUAUACACUUCCCUACAUUAUAUUCCAUCGACCACUUCUUUGCCAUUCUCUCAAUCUAAGUCCUUCUGCAGACUCCUUCUUCCUCAAUACAAUCUGCCCCUCCAUUGUAUUGUAUGCAGUUUAGCCACAAAGCUAUUAAUUCCAUCAUUCAAAUCAUUUACAUAUAACAUGAAGAUAAGCGGCCCCAUCACCGACCCCUGUGGAAUACCACUAGUCACCAACAGCCAACCAGAAAAGGCUCCCUUUAUUCCCUCUCUUUGCUUCCUGCCAGUGAUUCAUUCUUCUAUCCAUGCUAGUAUCUUUCCUGUGAUACCAUGGGCUUUUAAUUUGUUUCGCAACCUCAUGUGAGGCACCUUGUCAAAGGUCAUCGGAAAAUCCCAGAAAACAACAUAACUGACUCUCCUUUGCCUAUCCUGCCUUUAUUUCCUCAUAGAAUUCCAAAAGAUUUGUCAGGCAAUAUUUCCCCUUAAGGAAAUCAGGGCGAAUCAGGUACAAGAAAGAGAAUGUGCAGGAUUACUAAUAUAAAAGUUUUCAAGUUAUAGAUGUAAUCAGCUGUUUUGUCUGUUGUUAGGUGCUUUCUACGUUACAUGAUCCUAUUUAAAUCAGUUGCUUGGAAGAUAAGUUGGUAACUUAUUGCACCAAAAAUUGUCACAGUAAAAAUACUAUCACUUUGAUCAAUGGCAUGCAUAAGAUCAUCAGUGCGCAAUGUUGCACACAAUAUACUCACAAUGACAAAGUGUUUUGAUGGGAUUGGCUGGAAAUAUAUCAAGAGCGCAUAAAUUUUAUUUUAUUUACCUAUUUUUGAACACAUGAGUUUAAGUACAUCCAUGGGUCAAUUAAGUUGAUUAAUGGUUUUACACAAUAAUAACUUCUGAUGAUGAAAUGCCCCAGUCUAUUUACACUUCAUAGGUUUAUUGGUCCAUGCAGCAGCAAUGAAGAUGUUGCUUUCUCUCUUGUUACUCUUGUCAUCGUUUUAUAAUCCUGUGCAGUGGGAACACAGGUAGCCCAUUUAGCCCCUCACUUGCUCUGCCAUUUAUGAACAUUAGGCAUAGAGUGAUACAGCACAAAACCGUACCCUUCACCCCAUCACCCCAACCAGUAAGAAUCUAGACCAGGGGUUUCCAACCAUUUUUAUGCCAUGGACCCCUACCAUUAACUAAGGAGUCUGUGGACUACGUUCUAGACUAAUCCCAUUACUUGGACUGCAGCUUUCUAUGCCUUGGUGAGUCAUGUACUCAUCCAGAAGCUUAGAUGUUAUGAGAUCAUCUGCUUCCAUCUCCUGUGAGCUGGUACAUUUCAGACCUCAGUUGGCCUCUAGGUCAAAAAGCUAUUCCUCAAAUCUGUACCAAUUUCCUUCCCCUUACAUUAAACAUACGCCUUCUGGUUUUAUUCAGCUCUGCUAUGAGGAAAAGUAGUUUACACUCUACCUUAUCUGUGCCCCUCCUAAUUUUGUGUGGCUCAGUUUACCCUGCAGCUUUCUCCUUAUCAACAAACUCUACUGACCCAGGCCCUCUUCAUAAUUAAAAUGCUCCAUCCCAAGCAGCAUCCGAGUAAAACUCCUCUGCACUCUCUCCUGUGGAAACACGUCCAUCUCGUCAAAACUAUACACAGCUGUGGACUAACCUAUGCCUUAUGUAGCAUCAUGGUGCUCUUGUAUUUUACAUCCUAGCUCGUGAAGGCAAGUGUCCUGUUUGCUGCCCAUGGCAGCUUAUGUUGCCUCUCUCAGAGAUACUUGAAUCCCUCUGUUCCAAAAGAGGGCACCACCCCGGGGGUAUCUUCCAACAAUUAAAACUCCCAAAAAGCAUUGCCAUGCACAGGUUAAAUUCAUGACCCUGUAUACCUAACUGUUAUCCAUUGGUAUCUUUGGUUAUCAAAAUUCCUUUAUCAACUAUAGAUUUAGAGUAAACAGUUGGCCUAACAAUUGCAUUAAUGAGUAACCAACGGUUCCAUGGAGAUUUGCUGUGUGACAAUAAUGCACAAGUUGGUGUGGUUCUUGACUUCCUCACCUGUACAUUGUAAAACAAAAGUCUCAAAUGUGGUGAUGAUCAGGGACUAGUCCUUCCACUUUCCCACCCCACCACUGAAUUUGAGAGAGUCCGGGGCAGAAUGUUGAACUGAAGGGCUGGAAAGUUUCCUAUCCAGCCCCUCAGCAUAGGGCAUCCAUAUUCCUGAGUGGGACCGCCAAUCAGGACAAACAGUAAAUGGAUUAAUUUUCUCUAAUCCUCAUUAAUUAAUUUCUGUAAUUUAACUGUGUUUAAGUAAGUUUAUUUUUAAUGACUUUGUUUCUUUAGUUGUUUCUAAUGACUUUUAUAGGGCUAUGGAUUUUUGACAUAUUUAAUUGUCUACUGCAAUAAAUUAU